AUCCUCGACAAGUGGAAAAUCGACGACAAACCUGUCAAAGUAGACAAAUGGGAUGGGUCAGCGGUGAAGAAUUCGUUGGAUGACUCUGCCAAAAAGGUUCUCUUGGAAAAGUAUAAAUAUGUAGAGAACUUCUGCUUGAUUGACGGGCGCCUUAUCAUCUGUACCAUCUCCUGCCUCUUCGCCAUCGUGGCUUUAAUAUGGGAUUACCUUCAUCCCUUCCCGGAAUCCAAGCCAGUCCUUGCUGUCUGCGUGGUAUCGUAUUUUGUAAUGAUGGGAAUUCUGACCAUCUAUACCUCAUAUAAGGAGAAGAGCAUUUUUCUGGUAGCACAUAGGAGAGAUCCAACAGGGAUGGAUCCUGACGACAUCUGGCAGCUUUCCUCAAGCCUGAAAAGGUUUGACGACAAAUACAGCCUGAAAAUGACAUUCAUCAGCGGCCGAAGCAAGCAGCAGAGAGAGGCAGAGUUCACCAAAUCCAUCGCCAAAUUCUUUGACAGCAAUGGGACCUUAGUAAUGGAAGCCUUUGAACCAGAAGUUUCCAAGCUUCAUGACAGCCUGCUUACAGAAAGGAAGAUCAAAUAGGCUGUAUCCCAUGUUCACCUUCCCACUUAUCAUGCUGAGCUUUAAGCCAAUAAAGAAACGAGCAACGAAUGACAACCUCC